AUGGACGGCCCUCCUGUCAGUGUGGGGACGGAGAGACGAGUCCGAACUGCGCGUCGGGGUUGUCCCGAGAAGCCGCAGAAGUGCCAGGAAGGUUUAACCCAGAAGAAUUUAGCUAAAAAGUUUGACUUCCCCAUACCUUUGAGUAAAACUUCCAAAAUAAUGAAGAAGAACAAAAAGGUUUUAGUAUGGAAUGGAGUGUACAAAAUCAUUUCAAAAAUGCUUAAAGAAAAUGAGAAAUACAGACUUAGGCUGAAAUGCCAACACUUGUCUAGUGAAAAUUCAAAAGAUACAAAAUGA